AUGGAUACAGUCGAGCGUGGACCGAUAAGAGCAGAAAAAGACAAGGACGCACACAACAGGUUGAGAGAUGGAGUAAACGAAGCAACACGCGAUGUCGAGAAAGCUGGUGACGGCAUUGGUGGUGAUGUGAUGGACACACCGUCCACACAGAAAGAACUCCCUCCCCUAAAAGGUCUAUCGUUUCUCGACCGCUUCCUAGUAGUAUGGAUCAUCCUCGCCAUGGCCAUUGGAAUCGCAUUAGGAAACACUGUUGAUUCCGUGGGUCCCGCCUUACAAAGAGGAGAAUUCGUCGGUGUCAGUAUACCAAUCGCAAUCGGCCUCCUAGUAAUGAUGUACCCCAUCCUCUGCAAAGUCCGCUACGAAACGCUGCACCUCCUCCUCCGCGAACGCACCCUCUGGAUCCAAAUCGCCGUCUCCUUUGUGUUGAACUGGAUCAUCGCCCCGCUCUUCAUGGUAGCGCUAGCAUGGGCCUUUUUGCCUGACCGUCAAGACCUCCGCGAAGGACUCAUCUUCGUUGGCAUCGCACGCUGCAUCGCCAUGGUACUUAUCUGGACGGAUCUAGCGGGCGGUGACGGCGAUUACUGCGCUGUUCUCGUUGCGUUUAACAGUAUCUUGCAGAUUGUGCUUUUUGCACCCUUUGCCGUGUUUUAUAUUCAGGUGCGCAUACAAGACGGCCUCCAUCCCCUCGCUGGUCACUGGACUUUCCUAGUCACCACCACUGGACUCAUCGAGUCGCUGCCCAUAGAUCGACCGUCGGUCCCCCGUCUGCUCGCUCCAAUGGUCACGAUGGCUUCGAAUGGAUUGCCCGUGCCCGCUCAGAACAGCAACUAUAUGGAAAAUGGCCGCUGGUAUCAUGGUUACCGGAGAGGCCUCUACAUGUACCCAUGCGACGAGCCUGAGAAGGACCGCAUGGACAUUUACCACCAAUUCUUCGCCGUAGCACGGAGAGGCCAGCUGCACCAGGCGCCCGUGCCGACGCAGCCAAAUGUGCAGCCCCGCAUCCUCGACGUGGGCUGUGGGACGGGCAUCUGGGCGAUUGACAUGGCCGACAAAUACCUAAACGCCGAGGUUCUAGGAUUAGAUCUCGUUAAUAUACAGCCUGAGAAAAUCCCCCCGAACCUGCGAUUCCGUGUACCACGCGACUACGAGAGCCCAUGGACGCUGGGCGAGGACUCCUGGGACAUGAUCCACCUGCGCAUGGCCUGCGGCAGCGUGACGAGCUGGCCGGAGCUUUACCAGAAGAUAUUCUCACAUCUCAAGCCGGGCACCGGCUGGAUAGAACACAUUGAAAUCGACAUGGAGCCGCGCUGCGACGACUACACGCUGCCCCCCGACAGCAUGCUCACCAAGUGGUACGGCUGGCUAGCUGACGCCACGCACCGAGUUUCGCGCCCAAUCGCUUACGAACACCGCACCCGCCAGCUGCUGCAAGCCGCCGGCUUCAUCGACAUCCAAGAGACGGUCAUCCGCGUCCCCUACAACACAUGGCCCAAUGACCCGCACCAGAAGGAUAUUGGGAGGUGGUACAAUCUGGGCCUGACCGAGGGUCUUGAGGCGCUAACCUUUGCACCUCUCACAAGGGUCUAUCAGUGGGACCUCAACGCACAUGUCAGGCCAGUCCUCGAGGGCGUUCGCAGGGAAAUCUGCAACCGCAAAAUCCAUGCGUACAACAACAUCCACAUCUGGACUGCCCGCCGUCCCCAGCAGUAG